UUUCAGUCGGCUAUAGUGUGAUAACCAAUAAUCAGUGAUGUGAUAGUUUGCAUAAAAGAAUGAAAGUGUAACCAUUUGCAUUUAUAGUGUGUCCAUUCUUAAAGUGGUGGAGAACCUGUUGUACGGAAUUUGUUGGAGCCUGUGUCGUGCAGUAGAUGAUUGAUUCACUGUUGCAACUAAUCGCCAAGAAGUCAAAUCAAUUCUAUUUAUUGCCACCGUUGUAGUAAAUAUUUGCUAACGAAAAAUAAUCAAACACAACAAAAAGAAAAUAGAAUGUCGGACACAAAUUUGAAAACUAAUUCGAGCAUUGAAUUAUCGGAUAUUCGUAAAUUGGACAUUUUAUUGACACAAUGUGAAUCGAGCAGUUGUGAAAACAUUUGCAUUGAUUGCUGCGCAAAGUUGGGUAGCGUUGAAGACGAUGUCGAUAUUAUUGGUGAUAACAAAAACGAUGAAAAUGAUAGCGGUGCUUCGGAUAGCUUAACAACCGGCAAAGAAUUCAAAGCAAAGCUUCAGCGACAGCAUGUGGUUAACAGUAAAUAUCAAACACGGUCAUCCGAACAAAAUGAUGUGAUACCAAAUGUGCCUGCAAUUAUAUCGACAAAUGCCAGUCCAAUUGAUAUCGUGCCACCAAAUCCAUUGUCUAAUUUGGUAGCACCAUUGCGGCCCAGUCGUAUGGUGCAAAAAUUGAGCGUUUCGGAGCAUUUAAGUUUUGAAACUGAUGCAAAAUUGAAUCAGCAACCACCACAAUUCUUGCACACAAAAACUGAUGAGCUUACUUAUUGUACCAAAUGCGGUGGACUUACGAACUACGAUAAACGCAAUCUCACCAAAAAACGUUACUUUAGUCUCGAUAAGAAAUGUAACGAAAGAACAACGAAUUUCCUUCAAUGCUUUGCAAUAAAUCCAUGUGAUACAAAAAAAAGUGGUUCGGAAAAUUUAUUGUCGAAUAGCCGAAAGCAAUGCUCAUUCGAUGGUGGAAACAGUGAAAAAUCAUUUGGUCGAUUGUCAAAUAACAAUGCCAACAAUUGUAAAACCAAACAAACCGGCGAUGACAAGAAUCACGUAAAAAAUGGAACAAAUUUAUCAUGGAAAAAAGGAAGCACUCAACGCGACUGCACCACAAGUUGUAGCAAUCGAUCGCUUAGAGAUAAAUCGUAUAGAUCCAGCCAAAAUAGUUUACGAGAUAAUCGAAAUAGUCGUAAAAACAGUGUAUUUCUGUUUGGAUCAACGGAUCGCGAUACAAAUACACAAAAAUCAAAAAAGAAUUCACAACAAUAUUCCCGAAAAGCAUCGACACGUGGCCCAAUCAAUUUACACGAAGAGCAAGACAGUGAAACACGCGAAAUUCUACUUGGUGGCACCACAUCACUCAGUAAAUUUGAUAAAUUUACUCACGAAAUUAAAAUCCCCGAACCUGUCGAGGCGGUUGUUGAAAAAUGGUCUAGUGUUCGAUUAAGUAGUGAUUCAAAAAAUAGAACAAUAAUCGAAAAUCAUGUGUCGACAAAUCCGAAUUUGAAUUUAAAUGGACUCAGCGGUGGAAAAUCAACAAAAAACUUGGGACAAGAGGUUCUUUCUCUUGGAGCUGAUGUACUUCCAGAAUAUAAAUUGCAAAGUCCACGUGUUCAUCGAUGGACCAUUUUACACUACUCACUAUUUAAAGCAGUAUGGGACUGGAUCAUUCUAAUUUUGGUUAUAUACACGGCCAUUGUUACACCAUUCGUAGCUGCAUUUUUACUAGGCGAAGUUGAAUACAAUCAGAAAAAAUCAAAUAGAUAUAUAAACACAGACCCAAUUGUGAUAAUUGAUUUAAUUGUUGAUGUAACAUUUGUGAUAGAUAUUCUAAUAAACUUUCGCACAACGUUUGUUAAUGGUCAAGAUGAGGUUGUUUCACACCCUGGUCGCAUUGCUGUUCACUAUUUAAGCGGUUGGUUUCUCAUAGACUUAGUGGCAGCCGUACCGUUUGAUUUGUUGUUGGUCAACAGUGACACGGAUGAGCUUGGCCUGGAUAAAGACGAGACAACAACAUUAAUCGGAUUGUUGAAAACAGCUCGUCUUCUACGAUUAGUACGUGUCGCUCGAAAAAUCGAUCGUUAUUCUGAAUAUGGUACGGCCGUGCUAAUUUUGUUAAUGGCAACAUUUGCAUUAAUCGCGCAUUGGCUGGCUUGUAUAUGGUAUGCGAUCGGAAAAGCUGAACGGCCAGUGUUAAAAUCGAAAAUAGGCUGGUUAGACAUUUUGGCUAACGAUACACAUGAAUACUAUUUACCAAAUAAUACAGGUGGACCAUCGAUAAAAUCACGAUACAUAACGGCACUUUAUUUUACAUUUACAUCGUUAACAUCGGUCGGCUUUGGUAACGUGGCACCAAAUACAGAUUUCGAAAAGAUAUUUACCAUCUGUGUAAUGUUAGUUGGAUCUCUCAUGUACGCCAGUAUAUUCGGUAACGUUUCGGCAAUUAUCCAACAAUUAUAUUCUGGCACCGCCAGAUAUCACACACAAAUUCUACGCGUUCGAGAAUUUAUACGAUUUCACCAAAUACCAAACCCAUUGAGACAACGCCUUGAAGAAUAUUUUCAACAUGCAUGGACAUAUACAAACGGUAUCGACAUGAAUUCGGUUUUAAAGGGCUUUCCAGAAUGUUUGCAGGCCGACAUUUGUUUACAUUUGAACCGGAAUUUAUUGAAUACGUGCGCCGCUUUUGAAGGCGCUAGCCCGGGAUGUUUACGAGCGUUGUCUUUGAAAUUCAAAACAACACACGCACCUCCCGGUGAUACGCUUGUUCAUAAAGGUGACGUCUUGACAUCUCUGUAUUUCAUAGCUCGAGGGUCUAUUGAAAUACUAAAGGAUGAUGUUGUUAUGGCGAUAUUGGGCAAGGACGAUAUAUUUGGUGAAAAUCCAUGUAUACAUUCAACAUGGGGAAAGUCAAAUAGUAAUGUUCGUGCGUUAACCUACUGUGACCUUCAUAAGAUUCGUAGAGAAGAUUUAUUAGACGUAUUAGAUCUGUAUCCAGAAUUUUAUGAAUGUUUUGUUAAUAAUUUAGAAAUUACAUUCAAUAUGCGAGACGAUGAACAGUCGGGCGUUGAGUUGCGUCAUCGAUUCAGAAGAACAACGUCUCGCGAAAAGGAGCAAGAAGUUGUAUCUGACAAAAACAGUGAAACUCGUUCAUACCGAUUGCACACUGGAGAUACGGGUUACCAACCAGAUGACGAUUAUGAACCGCGACAUAGAUACUCACUGAGCGAUGUGAUAACACACAUCAAGCGCAGCAUUCCUGAUUUGCGUAAUAUUAAGCAUCAACCGUUGGAAAAUAAAGAAUCACCUUGCACUAGUCCAAAGCAUCAUGUUGAAAAUGGAGCAAGUACAAGUGGCAAGUGUUAUGCAUUUCGUAAUCAAAAUACAUUCGGAACAAAUGGUGUGGGUUGUCAUGAAAAAGAAAGGGAUGCGGUUACAUUAAGUGCUAUACAAACGACAAGUUGUACUUGUGGUCCCGCUGUAACAAAAGGAGGUCCCAUUGAUAAUGUUACUGCACACAUCGAUAAACCACGUUGCGAUUUAGAUGAAGAUGAUGCAGCACUAUCGAGCAAUAGUCAUCAUCACUAUCAUUACCAUCCAUAUCAACAUGUUCAUCGGCCACAAUCUAUGCAUGAAAUUAGUCCUCUUACAACACAAUUCAAUGAGCUAGCAUCGCGUCUAGAUAACAUGGAGAUAAGCAUUAAAAAAGACAUAACAAAUAUUUUAGAGAUCUUACAAUCUCAGUCAGGUGUUGAAAAGCAUUGUGAAAAGUAUCAAAUAAAAGACCAAAUGGCACAAGAAAAGCUAAAUCUGUUAAUGACGUCAUCAAUACAACCAUCCGGAAGCGAUUUUUCAUUUGAACUUGGUAUGGAUACAAAACGACAGGCACAACAUGCACAUCGAAUUGCAACGGCUGGAUCAUCCACACAAGUUCAUCGAUCGAUAUCACAACCAGAGUGCACAAAUAGUUCAUCCGAAAAAAAUCUUUUGCGAUGUUCCAAAUUUUCAUCAUUCAACCAAACACUUGAUGACACUGAGCAAUGGACAGCUUUUGCGCCAAUCGCAAAAUUAGAAUCUCUCGAUGAAAUCGAUCAGGAUAGCAAACAUUCCACUACAUUAGACAAAUCACCAUAAUUUCUUUGCAACAAUUGUCGGUUAAAUAUUAGACUCUUUUACAUAAAAGCUUCGGAAUAUAGCUUAGCAACGAUGAUGCCGAUGAUUAUGAAAACUUAUUCCAAUGGAAGCUUAUGUGAUUUAAUAAAUUGUCAUUUAACAAUUUGUAUGUUGGAAUACUAAUCGUAUUCCAAUAUUGUCAUUUUAAAUAAGAUGAACACUAAUUUUCAAUGAAACAAAACAAAACAUAGAACAAACACGCAAUACUUUUUUCCCUUUCUUUCUUUUUUUUAUUGGCUGUGUGUAAAAUAAUUAAUCUCAAAGCAUUAUAAAUACAUAUGUUGAAUUCUCACGCAAUUAUUUUAUCAAAAAAUAAAAUGAAAAAAAAAGAUGAAAUUGUCUCCUUUAACGUACAAAAAAGAAACAUUUAUUUAUACUUAUUUAUCACGUUGAAGCGAUUUUAUUGAAUUUUAUUUAAGAAUAACCUAGAGAACAACACUUGCAUCGCAAAUUAAACGAAAUAGCAAUUUUCAUUGAAAAAGAUAGACUACAAGACUAAUAAUAAAUUUUAUUCAUUUGAGAUUAAAUAUAAAUUUUAUUUCUAGUAAUUAAAAUCUGAAAUUUACUUGAACAAAUUAUAAUAUGUGAAGCAUUUGAUGCAUCGGCAAUCCUAAAUUUUUAAAUAAUUUUUAAUGAAUUUUUGUUUGUUACACACAAUAAGUGUUACACAUGAGAUUUAUGAAGAAAAUGCGAUUAAACGUACCGCAUCAUCUUAAAAAUGAGAAAUACAUUUAAUUGUAUGUAGGAGCAUGAAUGAUUUUAUUGAAAUGAAAAAUAAAAAAAAUAGAGAGAAAAUACUGUGAAUCACAUUAAAUGUGUAGUAUUAAUGGGUAUGACAUUCAAUACAAUUUGCCAUCGGUUUAUUACAAUAUAUAACCAGUUUGUUGCACGAAACGUACGCAUUUUACGCGUGAAAUUCCUGCAUUUUCAAUUUUUCAACUCAUUCAUAACGUUUAAUGUUAAAAAAAAACUUUUUUAAAUCGAUCCGACAUGCUCAACUAAUCGGACUUUUAGAUCUGCAUAACAUGGGAAAUAACAAAUGAAGAAAAAAACCACAUAAAGAAAAUACACAAUAUAAAAUGUGAAAAAUGCAAUUCUAUGAAUAUUCACGCGUUUCAGCUGUUUCAAACGUAUUGCAAUAUGGCUUUAUGGUUGGUUAUGUCAAAAUUACACGCAAAUAUUUUACUACUAAUUAAUGACCAAAUUGAAUUACUAUCUACGACAAUUUACUUCGAAUCGAUGACACAUACAUUUAACAGAUAGUAAUAAGUGUUGAAGUUUUCCACUCCAAAGUGAUUUAAUGAUCGAAAAUGCUUUGCGAAAAAUAUGGAAAAUGACCAACAACAAAAAUGAUUAUCAAACCGUUUUAGGCUAAAUAAUAAAAUACAAUACAAAAUGAAAAUCU